UUAAACCAGAAAUAGUAUUAUAGCCAGAUAGAUAGUUCACUCUUAAUAUUUUUCUUCUACUUAAUAAACAAAAACCAAAGAUUAAUAUCAAAGAAAGUUUUGUAUGUACUUUAACUAAAAAAAAAGAUCAUAUUUUUAUUAAUCAUGGCUCUCAAGGAUCUUCCUUUCAAGCUCAAGGGUUUUAGGCUGAAAAGAUUGCCAUUGGGAGAAGUGAAUAAGAAGAAGAAGAAGAAAAGAGAGGUAAGAAUAUGUAAGCCAUCAUGGAUGACACCAAUCUCACAUGGCUACCAUGUGGUUGAGUCUACUCAAUCUAUCAGAGUUGGCUCGGACGAGUCAGAGGCUGACUCAGUGGUGGUACAAAGAGAACAGUUUGAUCAACUUGAGGUUUGGUUCUUCGGAGUCUCCGAUGCUAAGAUUGGUGAUGGAGUCAACAACUACAUUCAAUCACAUUUUAUGGACAAAAAGCCAAAAGAAAUAAGGAGAAGAAGCAAAGAGACAAUGAAGAAAGCAUAUAUGGGUGUUAGAGGAAAGAUGAGAGAGACUAUUCAGAAAACAGAAGAGAGAGCAAAAGCAGGGUCAGUUUCAGUGAUGGUAAUCAAUGGUGAUAAGCUUGUAAUAGGUAAUAUUGGAGAGUACAAAGCUGUGGUUUGUAAAAAUGGUGUGGCUCGUUAUAUGAAUCCUCAACACAAGCAUUUUUCAUCCCCUAAACCACAUUGGUCUGGUAGAUUUCUUUCAGUGAGGAUGUUAUCAUGUCAUUCUGGCAAUAAUACAAUGCAGUCUAAAAGCUCAGAGGUUCUUGUUGGGGUUGAGAGAGUUGAUUCUGAUACUGAAUUUGUCAUAUUAGCCAGCACUGGCAUUUGGGAGGCAAUGAAGCCACAAGAGGCAGUGAAUCUGACAAGGCACUUAGAGGAUCCACAAGAAGCUGCAGAAUGCUUGGCAAAAGAAGCUAUAACUAGAAUGAGCAAGACCAACAUUUCUUGCUUGAUCAUUAGAUUUGAUUGAAGUUAUUAUCCUACCACUUUCUCACUCUUUGAUUUUCAAGACAAGUGUAAAAGUAGGAUCUUUGUUAUGGAAGCUUUUAAUUGUGGAAAACUUCAAUCAUUUUUCUUUUUAAAUAUUAAUUAAAGAGAAUAGAUGUAAGAAAUAUUUUAGUAUAGUAUGUAUGUAAGCAAAAGCUACCAAAUAAAUGAAAAGAAAUGAAAGUGAACACAAA